AUGUUAUGCUCCAGUGAACAGCAAUCACACACAGAUUGCGAGCACAAUCAUGACGAUGACUUAAAUUUGGAGUUUGAUGAAGAGGAAAAUAUUGAACCUUGUUUACUAAUGGACGAGGUGAACCAAUGUUCAAUUUCUAAUUGGUAUUAUUUAUAUGAUGGAAAAACAAAUCCACAAAUCACUCCGAAAAGAAUUACAAUAUUGACCAAAAUUAUCAAGUUGGAGGAUGAUUUUAUCGAGUACUUAAAACAAGACGGUGUCGUUUUGCCGGCAUCGGUUGAUACUAAAAAAGUGGUUCCUAAUUUUGAAAGCGAUAGCGAUGAAGAGCGAGAAAAGUAUGCCAAUAGUGAUGACGAAGAUGACGAGAAUAAGGUUCCCGAAUUUACAGCAUUGCAAUUGCAAAUAGCGGAUGCCUUAGACGAGUUUGAAGAAGUUUUUCCAAAGAUGAAUUGGAGUGCUCCAAAGGAUGCCAAUUGGAUGCUUUCUGAGUCAUCUUUAUUGAGAUGUAAAUCGAUUGAGGACGUAUUUCUAGUGCUCAAGAGUUCAUCAUUUGUUACGCACGAUAUUCAAAAAGCCUAUAAUAAUUGCAUGAAUUAUAAGCCUGAGAGCGAAAUUAAGCGGGUUUUAGCAUUAAGAAAAUGGUAUGACGUGAAUCCAUCUAUGGAGUUUAGAUGCUUUGUCAAGGAUAGAACUCUUAUUGGUAUUUCUCAGAGAGACAUUUCGAAUUUCUACAAAUUCCUUUUAGUCGACUUGGAAAACGUUACUGAAAAAUUAGUGACAUUCUGGGAAAAGUAUAUCAAGCACUCGUUCCCUCUCUCUCAGUAUACCGUUGAUUUAUACAUCAGCAGAACAGGUGCUGUGUUUAUUGUUGAUUUCAAUGUUUUUGGCCCUCCAACAAGCCCAUUACUAUUUAACUCUUUUAAAUCUGGACAUUUAUCUUCAGACUCUAAGGAAUUGGUUGUCAAGGUUGUUGAGAAUAACGAAGGAGUCAUGCGACCAAGCUUCAAAAUGUAUUCUGGUGUGCCUGAUGACUUCUUUUCUGUCGACAAUGCUCAAAAUUUACAAGAAUUUAUUGAAAAGCAACAAAAGCUUCAACGAAAUGAAAAAUAA